AUGGCUCUAUCAUUAGUUGGCAAGUUCAUGGGCCCUAGGCCUAACAUUGAUUUGGUUAGAGAUUUUGCCAAGAAGAAAUGGUGCUUGAAAGGUCAGAUCGAAAUAACAGCUAUGCCAAAAGGCUUUUUCUCCUUUGCCUUUUCUUGUGAAGAAGAUUUGUAUGUUGUUCUUUGUGGAGGCCCUUGGGUUAUUGGGAAGACCUCUUUGGCUUUGAAGUGUUGGUUUCCCAAUCUAGAUUUGAAUGAUGGUAGUUUUUCUUCUGCCCCUGUUUGGGUUAGAGUGCCUAGCUUUCCCUUGGAAUUUUGGCAUGAGGAUGUGUUUAAGGGUCUGGCCAGCUCCUUUGGAGAACUCUUAUCUGUUGACCCAAUGAUGGCAGCCAGGAAAAGAAUGGUUUACGCUAGGAUCUAUAUUUGUAUUAGUCAGAAUAUUGAUCUCCCAUCCUCGGUGGAUAUCAUUUCUAAGUUGGGAAAAUGGACUCAGCCAGUGGAAUUUGAGACUAUAUCAUUUGUUUGCUUCCAUUGUAAAAAGUAUAGGCACUGGGAUAAGAAAUGUCCUCUACAAACCAACACGAAUGUUUCCCCCAAUAACAAGAAUGUUUCCCCCAAGAGUGACCCUCGAUAG